AUGGAGCGAGAAAUAGAAUGCCAAACGGAAGCCCUUAACUUAUCAGAGGAAAUAAACAUUUCUGAAAAAAUAAAUGACUUAUUAGUUGCUUAUGCAAAAAGUAUAAUAUUGCAUAAUCCAGCUAAGAAUGACGAAAAUGAGUAUGUAAUAAAAAAAAAAAUAUACGAAUGGUCGAAGGAAUAUUUUAAAAAAUUAUAUGAUGAAAAUGAAGGUAAAAAUACAAAUCUUGACAAUGAUUGUGAUGUGAAAUAUGACCCCAGUGCUACUUCUACAGAGAGUAACGCAAUAAAAGAUCAAAUUAAAAAGGAGAUGACGAGGGUAAAUUUUAAUAGGAACAGUUAA